UUAAUGAGAUAUUUAUAUCUAGAGAUGCCACAUCAACAGUUAUCCCUACUUAUAGUGCUUAAAGAGUUUAAGUUUAUAGAAAACUAUCUUCGAAGUUAUGAGAGAACCGAUUUUUGUUUUCCGAGAAGCGCUAGGCGGUGGACUCGAAUCAAUACAACUAAAAGAAUAGAAUCCUACUACUUAUCUAAAUUAGCGUAA